AUGGGAAAAAAAUGUUCCUCAGCUGUAUCACUUCAGGCAGUAGGUGGGAAAAUAACUCAUAGAAUCAUAGAGUUGGAAGAGACUACAAGGGCCAUCGAGUCCAACCCCCUGCCAAGCAGGAAACACCAUCAGAGCACUCCUGACAUAUGGUUGUCAAGCCUCUGCUUAAAGACCUCCAAAGAAGGAGACUCCACCACACUCCUUGGCAGCAAAUUCCACUGUCAAACAGCUCUUACUGUCAGGAAGUUCUUCCUAAUGUUUAGGUGGAAUCUUCUUUCUUGCAGUUUGGAUCCAUUGCUCCGUGUCCGCUUCUCUGGAGCAGCAGAAAACAACCUUUCUCCCUCCUCUAUGUGA